GACUGUUUGGCUGUUGAGUUUCAUUUUCAUCUUUGCAACUUCCUCAAAAAUGGACGCCAAACAACAGAAGAAGGCAGAAGAACUUCUAUUGGCUGAAGCAAGUUUUAGGACAAAUGCCUUCAGAAUCAUCAAAAUAAUGAUUGAACUAUGCACGCCUGGCUGUAGGGUGUAUGUGGAUGAGAUUCUCCACAGCAUCUUCUUCUUAGGUUUCAUUCAUAAACCCCAACAAUGCACCCCCAACGAUAUCCUUGGUGAACUUAUGCCUAAAGUGCAGGAGAUUUUCCCAAGACCCUUUGAGAGUUACAAAAGUAAACUGCCAAGACGGACUCCGUUCUCCUCUGUGCUGGAUAUGGUGGUCUCCUCGCUUGGACCAGACAUAGAGAUCAAUAUACUGGUGGAGAGACUGCGGGAAAUCGCCAAUGGCAUGUCAGAACCCAAGAGUAAAUACCAGUUUACCUCCUCAACCAUCUGUGUCUCUCGAAGGAAUGAUGUUGAAAGAAGUUACUAUGGAGUGUCCAUGUCCUGCAAUGGGAAGCAAGAAGGACAGAUCAUGGUUGCUGUGUCCUGUCUGAGUACCUGGCACUGCGGUGUAUCCAAUGCCGUGAUGACAUACGACCCAAACACCAAGAUGAAGAGAGAGAACUUUGACCACACCUUCAAUCUACCAACGGAUUUCAGGUGCCAGGCUUUCAAUGUGAAGACUGGGGACGAGAUGCAUAUCAUGUCAUAAUCUGUUUGGCCUUGAGACAGGAGAAACGCAGAUGUGGCCCUACGGGAACUGCGCCGAGGCAGAGAGCUUGAGCAAACUGUUCGAUGUAGAGGGAUUUGAUGCUAGGAGAGUAGUAGAUGACGAGGUGCGAAGGCAGGUGGAAGAGUUGGUAAACGCUGACCUGCAAACAAAACUCGAGUCUGUUGGAUAUCAAUGGGAUGGUCACUAUUACGUUCCACUGUAGAUUGUCAAAGAUGAUGGUGAAGCACAUCCAUACACACACGUACGAACACAUACAUACACACAUAAGCACUUACACACUUUACAUACACUCUUACUGCAACACACUGAGAUCCAAAACAUGAAACAUAUAAUCAUAGCUUGGUGCGGGGCUAGCAACAUGUGAUUUGUGUCUGACAGUUAGCGUUGAAACAUUGCCAAAGCAGUGAACCACUCUGUGCAUGUAGUAUACAGUAUAACUGCUAGGCUAUAUCUAUCGGCUCUUAUCAAUGACAUCUGUGAGGUAGAUGGUUAUUUUAGAAGGGGACCUUUGUUUAGAGUACCUCAUGGAGAUACCUGAAAUUGAAUUUAAUAUUCUAGUCUAGACAAAGCAUUUAACAUAUAUAUAUUUUUAAAGAUGAUUUUAAUUGGAAUUUUAAACUUUAUUUCUGUAUACUCUAGUUAUUAAUGCACAUUUUACUAAUCUGUAACAAAUUACUAAUACUGUAAACGUUGGUGUGACUUCAUGUCUGGGUUGAUUUCUAGCUAUGUGAGGAAUUCAUCUAAUAAAGGAACUUACAUUGUAACCAUUGUAA